UGACGUGGUGUCUGGUAAAAACAUAGGGGAACUAUUUUGUGCUUUAUUACAGAGUGUAAAUAUCUCACUCUUUGCUAAUAUCACCUAUAUUGCCUAUAGUGAAAUUUUGUGUUUUUAGACAUAUUUUGUGACCCGUGUAUGUGUAAGCGGGGUUAAAGUGCGCUCCCGGUUGCUUCAUUUUUUUGCUGUCAUUCAUUUUCCUUGUGUCAACAAAGCGACGACUCAUUUGUGUUUUAGGCCCUUAACACUUCAGUUGAUUUUGUACGAUAACUACUGCACCGUGUCAUUGGACUUAAAUUUAGUCAAGAUAACUAGUGUAUAAAACUGAUGGGGUUAUAUUAAAACUGGAUAGCUCACAAAGAUUUAAAAACCUACAGUGCUUCCAUUAGGCUAAUUGCAGAAUUAUUUAAAGACCGAGAGAGACAGCUGUUAAACACAAACAGAUUGCAAGGGGAGAUAAUCAAGAAAUUUGAAGAUGACUACGUGAAUAUGACACACGCUAAAACUCAGCUUCUAUUUGUGGAAAUAUUUAGUGCUAAGCCAUAGUUUUUGUUGAUUGGUCGAUAUCUUUUUUGUAAAGAAAUUUAUCGCCCUGCGGAGGAAAUAGUUUUGUUUUUGUUAGUGUAUACACCGCAGUUGUGUUCUGUAUUUAGUCCAUAAUUCCAAGUCUUUCAUAAAUACAUUGUUAUGGCCAUGGUCAAUCCGGCAGUACUAAAUUUGGCGGCGGCUGCCAAUGUUAAAGACUCGCGUUGGUUGACACUUGAAGUGUGCCGUGAGUUUCAAAGAAAUAAAUGCACUCGAAGUGAUACAGAAUGUAAGUUUGCACAUCCUCCGCCGCAUGUAGAAGUACAAAAUGGCCGAGUAACAGCUUGCUUUGAUUCUAUCAAGGGUAAAUGUCAAAGAAAAGAGCCACCAUGUAAAUACUUACACCCGCCCCAACAUUUACGAGAACAGUUGCUACAGAAUGGUAGAAAUAACUUGAUAUUGAAGAAUCUUCAGCUACAAGCGGCUCAACAAGCAGCCAUGAACCAAGGCAUGAUGCCCGGUCUUAUUCCAAUUCAGCCAAGACCUGCGACAGAGUUAAGUGCCCCUUUACGACAGAACAACAAUGUUGCAUACAGUAGCCCAGCGGUUCCCCAACAGUUCCAGAGAGCCAGACCAGAGAUGUUUGAGGCUGGUGCCAACAAGACGGCCAUGGCUAUCCCUCCUACGGUUGUGCCGAGUGCCGGGCAAUACCCCCCUAUGUUGGCACAUCCCUAUAUUGGAGGAACCCCAACACCGACUUCCGCUGUUGCAUUUAACCCAUAUCUCAGUGCCGGCAUCCAGACUAUUGCAGUUACCGGUGCACAAACAAACGGAGAGUCUCCUUCCUUAGUUUCCCAGCAUCCAUCUGGAGUCAUUCCAACUGCGUUUUCCAGUGUUCCUACGGCAAAGUUGGCAAGGCCAGACAGACUAGAGGUAUGUCGUGAGUUUCAGCGUGGUUCCUGCACACGUCAACCAAGCGAGUGCCGUUACGCGCACCCGCCUGAUAAUGUUACGGUUGACACAUCUGAAAACUGCGUAACGGUGUGUAUGGAUUACAUAAAAGGGAAAUGUACACGGGAUUCGUGUCGUUAUUUUCACCCUCCUCCUCACCUUCAAGCGCAAAUCAAGGCCUGUCAGCAACGAGCUAACGCAGCUGCCGCAGCGCAGGCUCAAGCCUUGCCACAAGUGGUCGAGGUAUUGACGGGCAAGAAACGACCUCGUGACCCAAGCGAGGAUCUUAUGCUGUCGCAAGUACCUGGCAUGGUUGGGCAGUAUAAACGUGUAGCGGUGGCCGAUGCGAAGGGUUUACCUAUGUAUCAACCGAUCUCGAAUAUGACGUCCUAUCAACAGGCGAUAGCUGCAAUGCAGUUAAAUCAGCCACAAUACAUACCGGUGUCUUUACCGAUGGUUGUUGCCCCGGAGAUGGCAACAGCGAUGGUGACGGGCCCGCUUCCAGGGAGCAUUGUAGCCAGCAAUGCACAUAGUGUUAAUUACUUUGAUGAUAAUAAACAGUUGCUGGACACCCUCCCAGUGUGCAAAGAUUUUAAGUUAGGCCUGUGUCAGAGGCCUACAUGCAAGUAUGUUCAUGUUAUUGAGGAUUAUGUAGAAGUAAAUGAGGGUCGUGUGACCGUCUGUAGGGAUGCAGUGCGCGGGAAAUGUUCGCGGCCAACUUGCAAAUAUUAUCAUAUACCAGUUGCUCUCCCACCAUCAGAAUAAUGCCACUAAAAUGUUUAAAGAAGGAAUGUACCAAAAUUGAGUUUCUCAGAAUAUUUUUAGAUGUUUUAAACUAACUUUUCUGCAUUUCAUGUUAAUUUGUGAAAAAAAAAAAUCAAAGAGAAUGAUUCAUUUAUCAUCAUAACUUCCUUAUCCAGAAGGAGGCAAAAAUGAACUGUCAUUUUCUAGUCAAAAUUUUCAAUGAAGGACUUGUUGACUUAACUUUUUACAUGUUACAAGUGGCCGCCGUAGUUGAUUGGAGGAGUGAGAAGUCUGCAACCAACCAAUGAAAACCAAACAUUAUGUGAUAAAAAAAGACAUUUUGUAUGUUAAUUUGUGGUUUAAAACCACUUAGAUACAAAUGCCAUAUCCAUACUAGUAUAGAAAUCUUUAGCAUCAACGUAUAAAAUACGUGCAAAAAUGACACAGAUUCCUGUUCUAGUAUCGAAAUUCUCUCAAUUGUGAUAUUACUGGUGUAAAAAAUGUCAUCAGAGUUAUUUUUCUACAAGCUUGGCGAAGCGUCGGGGGAAAUAUAUGCCAUCUGCUUGUCAGUUUAAUCCUGCUUCACAAUACCCGAGUUGUUUUUUAAGCACUUGAAACAUAACUUCCAUGUAUAGCUUUAAAAGAAAUCACAUAACAAUUGUUUAGAAAUGAAAAAUAUUAAAAAAAACAAAAAAAACAACAAAAAGACAGACAGCUCUGCUUUGUUAAUUCUGUCUAUUUUGUAUAGUAAAGGUUCCUUUAUGAUGAAAAAUAGUUCUUGCUUUGGUGAUUGCAGAAGCAUUCCUAUUGAGAACAUUUGUAUUCCUACACAGUGCACUGAUUGGUUCAUUUAUGUUAAUUUUCUGUAAGGGUGCUUUUCAUUGGUUAAUUUGGAAUGAAGAACAUUGCUUUUAACCUUUGACCCCAUGGGAAAUUAACAUGAUAAGGCCAAAUUGACAACUGCAUUACUUCUUCAUAUUUCAUGAUACUUUGAGAAAUGGCUCUCAUGAUUCUGGUGAAGUAAAACUUCACCAAAAUUAUGAAAGCAAAGUGUUUAUUUUUUGUGAUGGUUCUCAAAGCAUUUUUAGUUGUUUUAAUAUUAUUGUUGUACACUUAUUAUUUUUGUAAACAUGACUGGUGCAAUGCUGUAUGGUGCACGCAAACUUCCGAUUUAACUAACGAAACCACGUUCCAAACUUUAAAACUAUGUGCCAUAGAUUGUGAAUGUCCCUGCAGCUGUGGGACAAAACUGUUUCUAAAAUGCCUAUUUUGUAUAAAUACUUGUUUAGAAACUUGUAUCAGAUAUAGUUUCUUUGUCAGCAAAUCUGUCCAUUUAUCAAAUCUUAUUUAAUAUGAAUUGAGUAUCUGAGUCAGCCAUUUGAAAAGCAUCUGUUGCAAUUUUUGGAGUAUUUAGCAGCCAAUUCAAAAUUUCAGAAUAAGUAGAAACAAAGAGAGGAAGAAAAAGAAUCCUCUUUCUAAGUACUGUCUUAGGUUGUUAAACGGUUACAGAAAAUCCGACUUUGUUUUUGCUUUGUUAAUGAUAUUCACUGUUCUUUUAUAAAGUUAAGUCUUUUUACAAGGGUGAAACUUGCAUUUAUAUUUAUUCUUGUUAAGUAACUCAUGAUUUUUUUUUAAGUUCAUCAUUCAUCAUCCAAUAGUCAUCAUAAUGAAUCAACCAAAUUUCCGUUUUUUUGAAAAAGAAAGUGCCAUGUUUUAUUACAUAUUGUAGGUUGAUAAGAAUGUCAAGUUUUUUUAUAUAUGUUUUACUUACAAUUACUGAGAAACCAUUUACAUAUUGUAUAGUGAAAUAUAAGUUGUUGUUAUUAUUGUUAAUUUUAGUCCUUGGCCUUGCUGAAUAACUAAAAUUUUACAUGGAAUACUAUUAAAUAUAAGCAAGAAGUAUAAUGAAAAAGACCAUUAACUAACUGUUAGAUGGAAUUACAGCAUACUCACCUAAGUAAUAUCAGUUUAAUUAUGCAAACAUUCUUUGCUAGUUGUUUUUACAGCAAAUAUGCAGAGUGUUUUUAUUGUAUGUUGGAAAAAAGAAUAGAAUUUAUGAAGAAAAAAAAUCAUUCAGAAGAAAAAUGAUAGAUAUUCAGUAGGGUUAUAGGGCUGAUUGAAUUUAGUCUCAAAUUAUUUCACUAAUUAAAAUGCUAAUCAAUUUGAUAGUCUUGUACAGUCAUUUUUUAAGUGCUGAUUUAUUUGUAAUGAUGAUUAUGGAUGUUUAUUUUUAUGUUUAGAUACAAAUCUUCCGAUUGGUGCAUGAGAUGAUCACAUGGCUCAUGACAUUGGCCAAUGAGAAUCUCUCUUUGAAUUUUAUAAUUUGUUUUUGUUUUGCAGCUCAAUCACAUUAAACUUACGUCAGAUACAAAGCUUUUUUUUUACAGUUUUAAUUUUGGAAAUAUAAUUGAAACAAAAAUUUCUGAAGUAAAUUGAUUUUUUUUUUCAUUUCUAUUUUAUACAAUACAUUUUAAAAUGGUUUGAUUAAUAUAUUUAUAAAGAUAUUGAGGUUUUUUUUAUAUUUUAAGUAAUUUAACACAAGUUUUUAUGGAAGGUAAUGCUUUUCUGAAGUUGUUGGUAGUUCUUACAAGUUGUUGGUAUUUUCCACAACUUGGAUUGCAAAAGGUUGAUCCUAUUGUGUUGUUAUUUUAAUAAUGGUUGAGCUGUUUACAGAAUCUGUCUUUGAAAUAACUGGUUAUACAAGUUUACUGGAAAUGUUCAGUUAUGCAUACCCAGGUGCUCACCCAUGUUUGAAAUAACAUCUGGAGGGGUACCUGGGUGUUCUUCCACCGUUAAAAGCUAGAAAGUUGCCUAUAAUUGUGUUGGUGUGAUCUAAACCCAACAAAAAUAAAGAUUUAGUCAGUUUUGAGCAAAUUCUUUGCUUUACAUUCCCAAACCUGGUACACUGUAGUUUUUUUUCAUUGAUAUAAGCUCACAUUAUGAUUUAUGAAAUGUAAUAACAGUUAAUGCUAAGACAAAACUGAAACGAGAAUGUCUAAUUUAAUUUGUUCUCGAUAUGAAAAAAUUAAAAAAGACUGUUUAAUAUCGGUCACUCUCUGGGUAAAAAUCAAGUACAGAAUAUAUCUCUGUACAAUGUUGAGCAAGCAUAAGUCUAGUUACUGUUUAGGUGCCGGUCAGCAUUUGCAGUAAAAUUUUCAACUUGAACCAGUUAUUUCUUUGAUGAGUACUGCUUUUCAUUUUAGAUGAAACUUCCUUUGUGAAAUUUGAAUAUAAAGUUCCAUUUGUUUUACACAAGUUUUAACACUACAAAGGUGUAACAGAAGUUAGACACAAGAGUUACGUAAUAUGUUUAUUUGUGAUAUGUAUGUUUUUAUUAUAUGUGUCCCAGUGACUUUGUCUGAAGUUGUGGAUUCUAUGUGUAUAUAUGUGAUUUCUGGCAAAAUAUGCCUUCUUAUAUUAGAAUAAAAUUAGUCACAUUUGAGUGUUGUGAAGAUAAACCUGAAAUAUUACGUUACUUUUACGUUACCAUUACUAAACUGUGGGGAAACAAGGUAACAUUUGAUUUUUGUCAUGUUAACCUUUGAAUGUUUCAAAGUAUGCCAGUUGACAAUGGAAAGAAUUUGCGGGGCUCUGAAGGAGGCUGCAGUAUUUUAGGUUUUCAUCUUCAUGACUUUAAAUGAAGACUUAUUUAAACAUUUACAUUGGUUAUGGUGAUUACGAUAAUUAUGUUAUGUUACCUCAAUCAGGCACCAAAGGAAAGAAUAUCAGCUGUUGAACAUCUCAGUUAUCUAAUAAAAUACACAUACUGUCUGAUUUGUAAGUUUGUGUUCGUAUAAAAUAAAUCUAUAAGCAUGUAUUUGCAAAAUCUUGUAGGAUUUGUACAGGAAGUCUUUAUUUUCCAUUUAAAUUUUUUAAUGAUUAAAACAAGUUAAAUUUCAGUAUCAGUUAUUUCAUAUAAUAUUCCAAAAGGUCAGUGUUGUAACAUACAUAACAUUUCAUUGAAUGUUUGAACUUUGAUCAAUUUUAAGGUUGUAUGUCAUUCUGAAUUGAAUUUGGGAGGCCGAAGUUCUCUGCAGUAUUUUCAGAAAAUGGGUGGUAACAUUUCACAUUACUGUGUAGUGAUACUGACUUAAUGUGUCUCGCUAAUAAUCUAGCUCUUGCUUAAUUUGUUCAAAACUGCAAUUUUACAUUCCAGAUAAAGUAAACGCUCUGUUUGCAUUACCUGCAUACAUUAAUAAUGCUUAAGAAGUAUAUCUCUUUUAAAAAUUAUUAUUACAGUUUAUUCUUUUAAAAAGGAAUUGUUUUGAAAUAGACAUUUUAAAGUUUUAUUCUUUAAAGCAAUAAAAAAUGCAUAUUAAGCCUUUAGAUUGGGGUAACUCAAUGUUUUUGUAUUGUAAAAUGUGAUGUUAUAUAACUAUGAUUUUUUGUAAAUAGUAAAGUAUGUAACUCUGCAGUGUCAGACAUUAUGGACGUUACAUAUGUAUGAAAGUUGUUACAGUGUGCGUUACUAGAUACGUUACCUGACGUGUUGAUUUUUUGAGUCAGAUUUUUGCAUGUUAUUUGAGGACAUUUAAUGUUCUGACUUGAGUGAUUGUAUAAAACACUUUUUGAGAUAUUUUAUAGUGAUGUAAAACGUGUUCUUUUUUGUAAAAUACAAAUAUUAGAUAUCUGUUUUAACCCAAAGUGUAAUUUCUGCUAUGCUUUCCGCUUUUUGUGGCUCUCAGGCUGUGAAACAGCCAUUGCUAUUCUGGCCAUAUUGCAGAUAGUCUUUCCUCUAACAAGUUGUGACUAAUUUUGUUGAUUUAAAACAGGGAAACAACUCUUGUCAAAAAAAUGAUCUUUGUUGAUUGAUUAAAGGGAGGUAAUCUUGAUGUGAAACACAUAAAAAGAAAUUACAUCAUAAUGCCAUUUAUAAAAUCUGAAGUGAAAAUGAACAUUGCUUGAAAAGGGCAAGUAUUUCUUAUUAGUUCAAUUUUUGCUUAGUUUACGAUGACAGACUUUGUUGUAUGCAAUGGGAUAAAUUUCUUCAAAAAGAUAUCCUGUGUUACUAUUUUUGGUAUCUUAGACUUUGCCUUUUAUCGGGCAGUUUUCUGCCAUCAGAGCAAAUCGGUACUCCAGUUUAAGCUGAACAAGUACUAGUAAGUUGACUACAAAAUUAUACUGGUGAACUUCACAAGAUCCCUUUGAAAGGUACAUGCUCUCUGUUACAAUUUGACCAAAGUCGACAUUUUGACAAAUCAUUUGUCAUCUAAUAUAUCCCAUGUGAGGGAAUUGUCAAAUCUAGAACCUGAUUAAUUAAAGGCUGGUGCUGGUUAGAAACUAAGAGAACAUGAUAGGUUUAUUUAAGUGCUGUACUGAAACUGUUUACAAAUGUUGUUUUUUUCUUCCUCUAUGGUUGGGUUGUGGAAGUAAACCCUUUUGAAUGUUGAAAAUUGCCCUUUUGCUCUGGUGGCAUAAAUUUUUAAGUUUACUGGGAGAGACCCAAAAGUUGAAAAAAACUAUCACGAAUAGUAUAAAUAUAUGAAAGAAAAUAUUUAAUGUUAAAAUGUUACGAGUCUUUUUCUUUUUUCAGCUAGAAGCUUUUAAAUAUUGGAAAAGAUAAUGAUUUCAAAACUAUAAGUACUGAAGAACAUUUUGAAAAAGUGACAUUACUAAACACUGUACAUACCAUAUUAAGAACUGUACUGUAUGUUAUAUAGACUUCACAUAUUUUGGGAUUUGGUAGGAACUGUAUUUGUAGAUAUUAUUUUGUCUCGAAGAUAUUGAAACAUACAGAUAUAUGUUCAGCAGUUAAUUUUAACCAGUUUUGAAUCUGUAGUACAAAUGAAGACAUUUAAAACAUUCUUGACUUUAGAAUUAAUGUAGUUUUUUUUUUUCUGUACAUUGUUUUAGUCGCAGCUGUUGUUAAUGAUUGUAUAACCAUUUAUCUUUGUUUCAGUAGCCAUGGUAAUGAAUGUUACCAGUUAUUUUUUACAUCGUUGAGAAAGUUUGCCAUACGAGUGCCAUCAGAUGCAGCAAUAUUUUCUUAGCAAUUUACACCAAGUUCAAAUAUUCUUAAAUCGCAGAAAAGUGUGCAAGAUGAUGAAACGAACGUAGAAUUUUUUUUAUUUGGCUCGAACAUGUAGCCAGCACGUACAUGUAUUAAGUUUGAGAUAGAAUUUGAUGACUUUUUUUCUCUGUUAUAGAUUUGAAUGAUUAAAUAAAAUUAUGCAUUUAUUAAAACACAGUUCCUGCAGAAAUUAAAAGAAAAAAAAAAACAGGAUUAUUUUUAGAAAGUUAGGUUUCUGAUAUUUAAAUCUUUUUCAUGUAGUUCUGCUAUAUUGGACACAUAGCAAGGUUAUCACAUUCAAAUGAAAAUUACUGUAGGUCUACACUUGCACACUUUUUCUGUUUUAGAUUUGUCUUCCUUCUCAGUUGCCAUGGAAAUCAUGAUUUACAUGUUCAAGCAAACCAGUCCACGUAUUUUUAUGUACGUGUUGUAGUUAAAAAUGUGCUAUUAUUUAAAUUGACCCUUAAUACCUCCUACUGCUAUUUUUAAAAAUAACCUUUUUCAAUGAAAAAGAAAAACAAAAAAACUAAAUCAGAAGUUUUCUUUGAUCACGAAAAAUGUAUCCAUCCACAAAAUUACGUUUUCACAUAGUAGGAGAUAUUAAGGAUUUAGCGACCUUGACUUUUUUUCCUAGUAGUUACUAUAUGUUAUAUUUUAUGCUUUUUGCUUACGCUAGAUGGGAAAAUAUAUUUGGGAAUUUAUUUGCUUAUUAUUGUCAUGUGUCAGCUUGCUUAUAUGUUUGAACUCUGAAAGAGAGCUUAAUAAAUGCAGACUUCAUAUAAUCUCCAGUUGAGGCGUUUUGCGUCCCGCUUUUUUCAUUUCUUUGCAUGACCUCGACUUUCAAACAACCUUCCAAGGUUUGAAUCUCUGAUUGCUGUUAUAUUUACAAACUUGAGGAUGUGAAUGCAGAAAUAUUGUAUGAUACUGUCCACCGGCUCUUUUAUUUGGUUACCGAGGCAAUGUUGCUGCACCAAAGGGAGGACACAAUUUAGCAGUAUUUACAAUAGUUGUACAUUCACUCCUCUAGUUGCCAGUAGUACAAACCCAUAGUUUAUCAACUCGUUAACUGGAAAAUGGGAUCACAGUGGCUUUUGUCUUUUACUAACCCGUAACUUUCUUUAGAUAACACAAUAUUGUAAAAACUAAAUUUCCGAGGCAUUGGCACUUGACACAGCUAACACUUAAAAGGCUUUCUUCACUACCUUUUAGAUAUUUGCUAAAUCCAGUGUUAAAAUCUGUCCUCCAACUGCUUCUCUUUUAACAUGCUAGAAAUAAUGGUUCAUUGUCAGUAACUAAGUAUACAGUACCAAACAAGAUACAUACCUACAUAACACUGAAUGCCAGCUAGUUGUUCAAAGAAAUAAAUCAACGUCACUUGCAUAUUUUGCAUUAUCGUAGCUUAACAUUUUCAAAUUUGUAGAAAUAUUUAAUUUAUUUCAAACCACAAAACUGUUGCAGGUCAAUUUACAGCCAGUUUCAAUCAAUGAAGAUCUUCAAUAUCUCUUUUGAAAGGCAGUGAAAAUGUCUUAUUUUGUGCAUAUUAUAAUUCUUGCAUGAAUAUCAGGGGCCUUAGAGCAACAGAGGUAAGUUUUGCACUUAACAAAAACAAGAGACAUUACAACUCCUGCUUUCCCCAUACCCCCGCCCAUCCCUUUUCCUGCACACUAAGGAACCAAAAUCUCAGUAAUACAUGAAACAAAAAGGCUGUAUCACUACUUUAUACUUAACAUUUACUACAAAAAAAUGUCACAGAAGACUGAAAUGGAAAAUAUACCCAUUUAGCAAAAUGGAAGAUGUAUGAAUAAAAAAUCAGAUCAAUGAUGUCAUCACAGAAAUCUGACAAGUUCGCUUGCCUAGAUUAAGUUGAAGGAAUGCAAGAAAAUAUAGUUGGUCACUUAUAAAAACUUACAUUAGGAAAAAAAUUAAUCUUUAGGUGUGUAAAAAUUGGGACAAUACCAUGAUGGAAUGUUAUUGAUUUGUUUUGCAAAUGAUUUUUCAUAUAAAUUUACCGGUGAUGUUUUAUGUAAAUAAUUUUAAUGUAGAUGUAGGUUUUAGCUAUAGGUAUUGUUUUUAACUUUUAAACUUUUUAAACCUUGCUUCAGAUGAAAUAUACUUUUUUUUUUUAAAUGUAUUAAAGUUCUUAUUUUCCAGUCUGCAUUGAGUGAGACAGUUAAUAUUCUUAAAAUGAGGAGAAUACUGUGAAACGAAGCUAAUCUAAAGCUGAUUCAGAAAUUAUUUCUCCUGAAUGCCGACGUACUGUGCAACGAAAAGCUCCGGUCUCUGCGGCAUUUCCCCCGCCUCUUAAAAUAGACCAGUUGAAAUACAGGUACACGCAGUAUUUGAUAGAAACUGUAAGCUUAUAACAUUUAUAUGGCAAUAAAAAUGACGUAUACCAGUAAUAAUGAAGAAUUGUAGAUGGAAAUGGAUAAAAAUAGUAAUAGAACUGAUCUGUUUUAGAUGAUAUAAACAUAGUCCUUCAGUUAUAGAUAUUUAAGAGUACCCUUUUUUCUGGAAGCUGGGAAAAAUCUAUUUUAAGAAAAACUUGCUUGUUACAGAAACCUGCACUUAAUAAAACAAUAACAGUAAUAGAUAUAAUCAUCUUUGGUAAAAUACUUCGGUAAAAUAAUUUAAAAUAAACAAGUCUGAAGGCUUUCAGAUUUAAAAGCGUUGAAGCUUCAUUUUGUUUGCUAUCAGUUUAGCUUUUAUAUGGCUUCGCUUGGCUUGGUGGCAUUUCCCGUGCUGCACAAUUUAGGGGUCGGAUCCAGACAGCCAGUGGCGCAGAGGUUUACAUACAAUAAAUUCAUCCUCAACUGACAAAAUAUAUUGGUACAUUUAUGCACUGGAGAGAUGCAGUACAAAACAAGCUAAAAAGGUAGUCAAAAUGCAAGUUUGCCAAGUCCGACCAAGUGUUACAUGGUUUGGUCCAUUUUAUCUGGUUAUUCAUUUCUGACAACUAUUGUGUCCAGCAGUUUGGAUUACAGACAGAUAUAACACACAAAUGUGACUUGCAGGAAGUUUUUCAAAAAAGAACAAAAGUGUAUAGAAGUAGAUACUUCAGAAAGCUUGUUUAUUCUACUGCAUGCAUGUAUCGUUACAAACACUGGUUAAAAAUUUUGAACAAAAAUUUUGAACAAAAUAAUAUGAGAAAUGCAAAAACCAGAGCGUUUAAUAAAUGCAGGUACUAAACAUGUUCUUGUCUAAAAUGUCUACUCGUGGAUGCGUCAACAGAUUGUAAUUCCUCUGGAUCCGCCCGCCCCCCCCCAUGCACUGAAUAACCGCUGUAGCGAAAAUUAAGCACCCUUAAUUCUAGCGGCACUUAAAUUUAAGUAACAUAGACCUUAGUAAAAUCAUUUAAUUUAACUAGUGGUAACUAAUUUUUAAGAUUAAACUGUGAAAAUGAUUGCGUGCCUGAAAUGAAUUACUGCCAUGUACAUUCAUAUAGCUUGAUAAAAGAUUCUUGUAGAUGCUUUUAGUUACAAAUUUCCUUAAGAAACAUUUUUAAUUCCACCAUGGUUUUUAAAAUCGGCAUAAUAUUGUACAUUUUUUACGCAUACGCACUAAUGAAUACUUGCUUAAAAGCCUAACCAGUCCACAAUGGACUUUAAACAUGGAGCUUUUAUGAACAAUUUCCUUUGAAAUCUUGCAAAAUUAAAACUUUUAGAUCUCUCCUGCUAGUAAAUAGUAAUUCUGUUUCAGGUUGUGCCUUCUUUUAGAGAUGAAAUUUUGAAAUCAAGACUUUUAUGUACAGUAAAAUUCAAAUUAUUUCAGUCAUUUGAGAUUUGGAAACUGUUUUCGUCCUGGACAUAAUUAUUACAAAAUAUCUAAAUGGAGGUGUCCAUCAGAAAAUCUAAAAAAAAUACCUUGGUUGCAAUAUGGUAGCCAUAACAAACAAGGAGGUAUGCUAGGUUGUUCCAGACUUUAUUAACUUUUACUCGCCAGGCAUUUUAAUCAAUACUUAAGCAGAAUUACCUUUUAUGAGCAAAAGGCAGCAUGUUCCAGUUAAUUCUCUUCUGCUGAGAGCUUUUGCUAAUUGAUGAAAUCGAAAAUUGUGCUUAGGCAUUGAAUAGAGGAGAUGAAAUUGCAACAAUGUUGCUCAAAUUUCAAGCAUUUACAUGUUGUUAGGGAUCUUUUAUUAUUUCUCUUAUCAAAUAAAAUUUGGAUUGAAUUAAUGACAGAUCCCUUUAACUUCAGUUUUGCAAUGAUGAACGUCUUUCGAUUAUUUUAUGUUUUUUUUUAAUGUCAAAUUCAUGGUGCUAUACUUUGAGGUGAGAAAAAUACAAGAGGUUUCACAAACAUUUGAUGUUUACAAUAUUGUAAUGUGUUAGUUACAAAAAUUAAACUUUGUUUCUCCA